AUGACUAUUGAUUUUUUACAAGAGAUUGCUAAUCAUAAGUCAGUUGGCGAUAUUAAUAUUGUCCAAUGUCAUGGUAUUUCCCAAGACCCUUCCACUAAGAAUUAUCUAAUAGUCAUGGACUACAUUGAGGGUGGCGAUUUAAGGCAAUAUUUAAUUCUAGUUGCCGGACUAGGAACUGGUAUUUAUUUCUUUACCAAAAGUUCAGAAAAUAAAAAUCCUGAUAGUCCUAAUACUCAAUAUCUUCCUAAUGAAGAAGAAUUUCAAGCCAAAGUUGACCAAUUAAAAAGUGAAAAAGGAAUAGAUGAUCAACAAGCUCAAAUAGAA